GCAGCCUGGGGGGCGGGGACAGCGGCCAGCCGUUUCCUGGUAGUCGGAGACGGAACCAUGGAGUGAACAAAAAGAAAACACCAGAGUGGCAGAGAACUAAAAACCACGGAAUAUUUCGAGGAAGCCAACUGGGAUUAGAAAACUUUGAUCGUGGGCAACAUUCCUAUUCCAAUAUUCCAACUCCUGAUCCAGGACAGAGAUGACCACUGAGAAGACCGAAUUCACCCCCUUCCAGGGGGGGCCCUCUCCACCCAUGCUCCCUGGGCAGUCAGCAUUUCCUCCCGCAUAUGACAUGAACAUGCCCGGUCCUCCUCCCGGUGGCCUUUCCUUCCCUCCACCGGCUGCUUUUGGUCCAGGGGGCGUUGAAGGUUUUGGGAUGACCGCGAAUCCCCAAGCAGCAUUUCCUCCCGCAUAUGACAUGAACAUGCCAGGUGCUGCUCCCGGAGGCCUUCCCUUCCCUCCGCCGACUGCUUUUGGUCCAGCUCUAGUUGAAGAUUUUGGGAUGACCGCGAAUCCCCAAGCAGCAUUUCCUCCUGCAUAUGACAUGAACAUGCCAGGUGCUGCUCCCGGUGGCCUUCCCUUCCCUCCACCGACUGCUUUUGGUCCAGGUGUUGUUGGGGGUUUCGGGAUGGCCACGAACCCCCAAGGUGGCAAAGGAUACGGCGUCAAUCCGUCUUCUUUGCCAUAUUCUCCACCAGGUCAGGGCUUCAGUGAUGAUGUUUACUUUAACCAGGACGACCCACCCCCAUUCCACGAUAACCAAGACUUUGAUUUUGGAUUAGACAACAAGAGCAUAAGAAGAGCCUUCAUUCGAAAGGUGUUCCUGGUGUUAACUGCUCAGCUGACGGUGACAUUUGCCUUCGUGGCUGUUUUCACCUUUGUGGAUGAGGUCAAGAGGUUUGUGCUGGUGAACACCUGGACCUACUUUGUUUCCUAUGCUGUGUUCUUUGUGUCAGUUUGUGUGAUCAGCUGCUGUGGAAGCUUUCGCCGCAGACAUCCUUGGAACUUGGUUGCAUUGUCCGUCCUGACUCUCAGUAUGUCCUACAUGGUGGGAAUGAUCGCCAGCUUCCAUCAGACUGACUCUGUCAUCAUGGCAGUGGGCAUCACAGCAGUCGUAUGCUUCACAGUGGUAAUCUUUUCCCUGCAGACCAAGUACGACUUCACUUCCUGUCAUGGCGUGCUUUUCGUCUGUUUGAUCGUCCUGAUCUUCUUCGGCCUCCUCUGCAUCUUCAUCCGUAACAGGAUACUGCACAUUGUGUAUGCUGGACUUGGAGCAUUGCUCUUCACCUGUUUCUUGGCCGUUGACACGCAGCUGCUGCUUGGCAACAAGGAAAUGUCCCUGAGUCCAGAGGAAUAUGUCUUUGCUGCUCUCACCCUGUACACAGACAUCAUCAACAUCUUCCUCUAUAUUCUUGCUAUCAUUGGAAGAGCAAGGGGGGGUUGAGUAGGAGGAACUAAAUUGCUUUUAAGUUCAUGUGUAAGAGUGAAUUCCCUUAAUCCUGAUUUUUAUUUUAUUUUGUCUUGUAGUGUGCAUUGAUCACAUAGUUAAGGUUUUUCUUUGCUUCACUCUGUGCAACCUUUUUAUGUUAAUAUAGAGUUUCUAUGUUGUAAUUUUGGGGGCUUUAUGAGGUAUAUGUCCUGUGGUACAAAACUUCAUCUUUGUUUAGAAAAUGAUUUCCUUUGCUGUGUGAAAAUUGACAAAAUGCCCACAAUUCUAAGUCUACUCACUUACUCCAGAUCUUUCACCUGCAUCACAGUCUUUAUCUUCAGAAGGAGUUUGUCCAGUUUUCAUGGAGAUGAAUCUUUGUACAUGCACCUUUAAGGAGUGGACCAAGAGUCAGCUGGGUUUUUAUUUUCUUGGUUACUUUAACGUACAAGCCAACACAUAUUAAAGUUGCAAAUAAGCCUGUGGAUGAAAGAACAACAGUUACUGGGCUUGAAUCUGUCUCUGUGCCGACCAAAUAAACUCCUUUCACUUAA